CUUUCGAUUUAUAGUACAGUGCUCCGGUGAAGGGUUGGUGUAAUAACCUAUACUAGAAAUAUGCUGUGUGAAGAAUACCAGAAGAUGAGGAAUCCGUUUGUAUUGCUUCAAGAUUUAAUAAGCAUAUGAAUUUACUGGAAUCGUGAAUAACUGUCGAUGUCAAGAGAAUGUCAGUGGACAUAAACAUGUUGGUGCUACAAAAGAUCUGAUGUUACAGUGGACCUGGGGACUUUGUCAGCACUCUGGACAUUUCUGUAGUCAGUGGAAAUGGAGUUUCCAGGACAUAGUCAGCAGCUCUUGGCCAGCCUGCGCUCUCAGCGUCUACAAGGUUUCCUAUGUGACUGCACUGUGCAGGUCGGCCCGACUCGUUUCGGAGCCCACCGUGCCGUGUUGGCCUCUUUCUCCCCUUUCUUCCAUAUGUUUUACUCCGAUCAGUCAAUGGGGAAUACCAGCACAAUCAAUGGAGGGCCACAGAGAGACACAGUCACUAUUAAUGGAGAUAUCGUGACCCCACAAGCCUUUGGGCUCCUCCUUGACUUUAUGUACGAAGGGGUUCUGCGAUUAGCAGCCCACCCCCCUCCAGAGGACGUGCUCGCCGCAGCCAGCUUCCUACAUAUGAAUGACGUGGUGCGAGUGUGUAAGAGAAGACUGCAGGGUCGAGGAUUGGCUGAGGCGGAUAGUACAAGAGUAGAAGUUGGAGCAAACGAGUCAGCUAAACGUGGAGAACUUGAUGGCUUGAGUGGAGAAGACGUACCUGGUGUAGAAACAGAAAGAGAUGGAGCAGUAAGACAUUGUCCACAGUCAAGUCAACAAAUGUCUCUUUAUAUCGAUACCAAGACUGAAACACAAGCAGGGAUGGCUAAUCUCCUCACGCACAGUGCGGAGAGUUCAGAAAUGGCUGACACGACCCAACCAGGAAUGGACUCGCAACCAGCCAUUAGUAAUUCUUGUUCAGGUCCGUCCACAUAUCGUUUUUCACCUAGACCUGACAAAACAAGAAUAUCGGCACGGUCUGCUAGCCUAGAGUCGGCACUUUCAAGUCCAUGUAGUACGACAGAACUAAUUCAGACAGAGACGCAACCUGUUGUAGCCACUGCCGUGGCUCUGAGCAGUGUGGACAAUGCUAGUGCUGCUCAAGAACGUGAAUCUAGAGUUUUUAUGCAGGCUCAAACACUGAAACCCCAAUUCCGGAAUAGAAGUGCUGGAAAUCCAGGGUCUUCACAACACAUUCAGAGCCAGAAUGAAAGGAGACAUGAGAACACUUUGCCCAAUGCAAGAAACAUGCAAAGUAAGCGUAACAAAACUCUUUCGCAAACAUCAAGGGAAGAAAAUGAAGAUCGCUUUGAAGUGAAAUUGGAGGCCAUUGUGAUUUCUGAUGAAGAGUCUGAUGAUGUAGAUGAGACAGUGGUAAUGGAUGACGGCCCAAGUAGAAAUGCAGAUUUAGAUCAUGGGGAUGAUUUUGAUGACAGUAAUCAUGAUGUCGAGGAGCUGACUGAUACUCAAUUUAUUCCUGCACACCCAUUAAUUCAUCUGCCACAUCAAGAACCCAUUUCUUUCCCUUCCUCACCGCAAGGUCCUAAUCCUUCUACAGCAGAAACCACCAGCUUUGCAUCAUCUCUUUUUCCAGCCAAUUCCCAGCCGGAGCAGCAGGCCAUGUACCUUGAGGAUUUUCAUGACUCGCUUGGGAGUUACGUAGAGGAUGUGCCUACUUGUAACACUUGCGGAAAGACGUUUUCCUGUGCUUACACCCUGAGGAGACACGCCAUUGUGCACACUAGGGAGCGACCUUAUGAGUGCAGCUACUGUUUCCGCAGUUACACGCAGUCUGGAGACUUGUACAGGCACAUCAGAAAGACGCAUGAUCACGGCUUACCAGUUAAACGCAGCAGAGUCGAGUCAGACCCCCCACCAUCACCCCCCCCCCCUCCUCAUCCUCCCCAGACCUAGCCAUCAUUUGUGGCUCAAUCCUUUUAACAGGUCCUUCAGAAACCUGUAUGAAGUACUGCUGAAGGCUUUUGAAAAUGGCACAAAAUCAUGAAUUGCCACAUCUAUACUUUUGUGGCAAAUGCUUUGAAAGGGAAUCUUUCUGCCAUGCCAUUUACA